AUGAAAUUCUAUGAAAGCUCUUUCAAUUAUGAUUACACAUUUCCCGCAGUCACCCUGGCCUAUUUCCUGCGGUACCCGAACCCAUACUCAAGACAUGUCUUAAGUAGCGAUGUCAUUGAUCGCUAUGUCGAUCCUGAAACACAACGCCUACACACCAUCAGGCUUCAUCUGAAGAAGUCGAAAGUCCCACCUGGCAUCCUCAAAUUUCUCCCAGGUGGCCUUGCUGGACCCAAUGGUUCCAGCCAAAGCUACAUCUUGGAAAGGAGCACAAUCGAUGUCAAAGAAGGAUGGAUGGAAACGGAGUCCAAAAAUAUGGAAUGGACUGGCAUUCUGAGUGUCAUUGAACGUCAGAGCUAUAAGCGUCAACGACUCUCUGAGACCUCGGCUACGGAUGGGUACCGCCCGCAGGAAAGCACAUCCUGCAGGACCGUGGUGACCUUUGUAUCCAAGCUAGGCCAGGGAAAGCUUCUGGGACGGAAAAAGCAGGAACAAGCCAACACCUCUGAGGAAGAGGAAGUUCCCAAACAAGGCUUUUUUGCUUCUUGGUCGACAGCUGGCAUUCAGCGCACGGUUGAACUCAUUGGAGUAAAAAGAACAAAGACAGCAUUACUUAAUGGAAAGGAAGGCAUGAAUGUUGUCUUGGAAAGGCUCAGAAGCGGAGGGGUUGUGGCAGUUUUGGAGGGUAUGAGAGCAGAUCGUCAAGAAGCCAUGGCAGGACAAGAAGGACCCUACAAGCGUGUCUGGCUGAAGCGGCAUGAAGGCGACCACGAUUCGGAUUGA